UGCCUCUUUCUUGGCUUACAUUUGCCGAAAGAAAAAAUCGAGCGGUAUCAUCGGGGAAAAGUGAGCCGUCCGAUCUAGGGUUUCUCUGCCAUGCCGAAGAACAAGGGAAAGGGAGGUAAGAACCGGAAGAGAGGGAAGAACGAAGCCGAUGAUGAGAAGCGAGAGCUUGUCUUCAAGGAGGAUGGCCAGGAGUACGCGCAGGUUAUGCGUAUGCUCGGAAACGGUAGGUGCGAGGCCACUUGCAUCGACGGCGUCAAGCGCCUUUGCCAUAUCCGUGGGAAGAUGCACAAGAAGGUCUGGAUUGCCGCCGGUGAUAUUAUUCUCGUCGGCCUCCGCGAUUAUCAAGAUGAUAAGGCUGAUGUAAUCUUGAAAUACAUGCCGGAUGAAGCGAGGCUUUUGAAAGCUUAUGGGGAGUUGCCAGAGAACACUAGGCUUAAUGAGGGUAUUGCCGGUGGGCUUGACGAGGAGGACGAUGGCCCAGGAGAUGACUACAUUGAAUUUGAGGAUGACAUGGACAAGCUCUAGUGGCUCAGUGGUAAACUGGACUUUGUUCAUUGUUGAGUUUGCAGUAUAUGGUUGUGUAAUACUUGAAUGAUUGCGCGAACAAGCCUUUAUUUUUGGUUUUUGUCUUUAUGACCAUUUUCUAUUUGCAAUAACGAGAUCUAAUUUUUUAA